CGCAUGUUCUGUUUCCGGUCGAAAGACUCACAAACGAUUCAUUUGAUUCUCCAUGUGUGCUGGGCUAUGGUCUCCUGCUCAAAUCCAAACGCUGUAUAUCUUCUAGGAGGUCUGUAAACCCCUAGCAGCAACUUACCAUGCCUUACCUCCCAUACGAAGAACCCGGAAUCACACAGAUCCUACCCCUAGCCUCCUUCCUGCUGCUACUCAAUGGAACCCGAUAUAUUUUUGACCGUCUCUUGUACUGUGGAAUCAUUGGAGAAAUCCUAAUAGGAGUUAUCUGGGGGCUUCCCGUUGGCGGAACAGCAUGGUUAUCCCAAGGCACCCAAGUAGCCAUCCAGGCCUUUGGAUAUCUAGGUCUGAUCAGUCUAGUCUUUGAAGGCGGUCUUAGCACAGACCUUGCUCUGAUGCGUAAAACUGCUUAUAUGUCGAUAUCCGUUGCAACUGUUGGCCUAUGUAUGCCAAUCGCUUUGUCUUUUAUCCUGCUAAGCCUACCCUUCUCCAGCAGUGUUGGCACGGCAUACCCAAGCCCCUUGGCGGCAUUUUCUGCUGGUGCCUCCUUGUGCUCAACAUCUCUGGGCACGACAUUUGCCAUCCUCUCAUCCGCAAAUUUGCAGCAGACUCGUGUGGGUGUUGUUCUUGUCGGGGCUGCUCUGAUGGAUGAUGUUGUCGGUCUGGUCAUGGUUAACAUUGUGACGACACUUGGAGGUGGUGGGACAGCAGGAUGGCCCAUUGCUCGACCAAUUGUAGCAAGUUUUGGGUUGCUUCUAGUCACCCUGACCUUCGUGGCCUUUGUGCUGAAACCUAUCUGGGCCUGGCUAGUAGCUUCUUUUGGCCGGGGUGUUGACGUUUCCGCAACCCAACCCAACCUGAUAGGAACACUUCGAAAAACAACAACCAACCUUGUCCACCAAAUUCCCCAUCUCAACUUUAUACUAUCCACAGCAGUCUUGGUCAUCUUUGUUACAAUAGCUUCCUUCAUCGACGCCUCCGUUUUGUUUGCUGCUUUCAUCGCUGGCGGGGUAGUCAACUCCCUCCAGAAUAUUACAACCUCUGAAGAUUCAGCGGAAUCCACGUCAAACGAGAUGUCAUUAAAGAUGUAUGAGAAGUACUAUAAACCAGCGAUGAACUUUAUACUUGUACCCUUCUUCUUUGCUUCGAUUGGCUUUUCCAUCCCUAUCACGAAAAUGUUUGCCGGCUCAAUCGUUUGGAAGGGCAUCAUAUACUCCUUACUUAUGAUUAUGGCGAAAGGCUUCGUCAGCUCUGUCAUCUACUUCGAUUACUUCAUGAGCAUGCUGCGUAAUAGGAAGCCCGGCAGCCGCCACAAGGCCAAGGAUCUGCCGCCGAACUUUCAGUUGCAGCCAGCACCGGAUCCACAGCUGCGAGUUCUGGAUAGAGAAGCACCCACAAGACCGCCACACUUGAUAGCCGUCCUUGUCGGUUCUGCAAUGGUUGCCAGAGGGGAGAUUGGGUUCUUGAUAGCAUCCUUAUCACAGAGCUCAGGAACUCUCACCCUGCGACUGCAAAAUGGGUCCGAUGUUGGAUCUUUGGGUGAAGAAAUAUUCCUUGUCAUCAUCUGGGCCGUAGCACUAUGCACGAUCACUGGACCUCUUGGGGUUGGAUUUCUUGUCAGACGAUUGAGGCAAGGAAAUAAAUGUGCGGCCUGGCUAUAGGAAGGCCAGAUUCAAUUAACACCAAUACUGGAGAGUACCCAUACUCAUACAAACCCUUGCACGCAUAUCCCCAUACCGCAAUCAUGAAAGAAAGUUGCCUCAACUGAAGACAAGCUUCGGAGCAAAAACCGAUCGGAAGCAAUGGUCACCUAGGUAGACCUGGGCGCUGCAAAGUUCGGGGAUUUUAGCUCCUUGAUGACAUCCCCUGUCUUUUGGUCGAUGCUUUCCCAGUCUUCUAUGCAGCGCUUGAAGCGUGUGACAAGGAUCUCUCCCUUCCCGAAUCUUUCCCCUCCUACCACCAAAUUAUCAACAUAAGGCUCCAAGCCUCUGACCAGCAUCUAAGGCACAUUAGCGGCGCCAAAGAUAUAUGGUUCCU